GUUCCCAGUGGGAAGAGUUUACCGGAGACUACGGCCGGAGUAACUCCGGGGACCAGAUCCUGCAUGGGGACAUACCACGUAAGGAAUGUUCAAAAUUUACGCCAAUUUCUCCUCAAUCACGGGAUUCUGUCCAGAUGGGAAAGGAAAGCUGGGAGGGUGGCAGAAUUUUUGCUGGUAGACAGGCUGGGAGUGUAGAAGGAGCAGGAAAAGGAAAAAACAUUUUGGGAAAGGAAACUGACGGGAAUUAUGGGGUAUCAACUCAACGGUUGGGGGGAGCCAAGUCAAUAAAUGAGUUUGCGAUUUCUUUCCCUACUGACCAGGAUGCCUUUUCUGCAACAAAAGGAGUUAUGUUUGGGAGCCAAAAAGAAAAGAAAAUUGGGGUUCUAACACGUACACAAAAGGGAGCUCAAAAAGGAACACGUGGACCUGUUAACACUGGCCUAAAUGUAGAGGGGGACCAAAUGAUGGGUCAAGUUGGCCCAAGAGUAGCAGACCUUGCAGCCCUUAUUGCCCAACACACAGUAGCGGGACCUCCAGCGAAGAAACGCCAGAGAAAUGCUUCAGCAGAAAAGGGGUUACUGGAAAGCUUGGCAAAUGAUGGUGCUAGCCCGGGAGAACUCGAUGGGAAGUGGAAGAAAGGAAGAGGAGAGAGCAGCAACUCUUUAAUGGGUGCAAAUGAUGUGGCGGUGGCUGAUGAUUAGCCCCGCCGUUCAUUAUGAGUAUCCUAAGUUGGAACUGCCGGGGGUUUGGGAACCCCCGGGCAAUUCGGGACCUUUGCCGCAUGGUUAAGGAGAAGCGACCCAAACUGGUUUUCUUAAUGGAGACCAAGCUGCCGACACGGCGUAUGGAGCGAAUAAAAGCACAAGCUUGGUUUGGUAGCAUCUUUGUAAUGAAUAAUGUAGGACGUAGCAGUGGUUUGGCACUUUUGUGGAGUGAGGAGAUAGGAGUGAAAAUUCUAAAUUAUAGCAGGCGGCAUAUUCAUGCAAUUGUGCAACUGGAAGUGGAUGGGAUUGAGUGGAAGUUCACCGGGUUUUAUGGGCAUCCUGAGGUGGGAAAGAGGCAAGAGGCGUGGAGUCUUCUCCGACAUCUCUCUUCUUAUUCCCUGGCGGCGUGGCUAUGUGUUGGAGAUUUUAAUGAAGUCCUAGAGGAUGCUGAGAAAUUUGGAAGGGUUCCUAAGACCAGAUGGCAAAUGGAAGCAUUUAGGGAAACCUUAAGCUUCUGCUAAUUACAUGACCUGGGUUUUUCAGGUGCGAAGUACACUUGGAGCAACAUGCAAAUGGGCAUUUGGUGAGGGAAAGAUUGGACAGAGCGACAGUUACUAAUGACUGGAGGGAUUUUUUCCCUGUAAGGACUGUGGAGAUUCUCGCAAAUCGUAGUUCGGAUCAUGCCCCUUUACUGGUAACAUUCACAAAAGCUGCUGGAUGACAGUGGAAUAGAAAUAAGAGGUUCCGGUACGAAGCGGAGUGGCGUUCGAAUAAGGAGUGCAAGAAUCUCAUCACCCAGGUGUGGAAAAGAAAGGCUUCGGGCGCCGAAGUGUGGAGAGCAGUUCGGAAUGAACUGGUGAUCGAGGAGUAAAACAGAAUUGAAGAGAUGGGCUGUUGCUAACAAAUCACCUACCGAUGGGCUCAUUGAUUCCAAAACACAAGAGCUCCAACAACUCCAGUAGAAUGCCGAUGCUCUGGACUUGGUGAAGAUGGGACAGCUCCAAAAGGAAGUGAAUGAGUUAAUUGAGCAAAAUGACACUCAUCUCAGGCAACGUGCAAAGGUGGCAUGGCUGAACUAUGGCGACAGAAACUCCAAGUAUUUUCAUGCAUGCAUUAACCAAAGGAGGAGAUCUAAUGCAAUCCACUCUAUUCACGAUGAGGAGGGGACAGUAUAUUCCUCUCCAGAUGGAGUAGAGUAGGCGUUUAUUUUGUAUUUCCAGAGGCUGUCUCUGACUUCCAGGCCGAGUGGUAUUGAAGACAGCUUGGAAAAUUUACCUAGGCGUGUUACUCUAGACAUGAACGAAGGGCUCCUUAGUGAGGUUACCGUAGAAGAAGUGAGUGCAACUCUUCACCAAAUGGCUCCUUUGAAGUCUCCGGGCCCUGAUGGUUUCCCAGUGUCUUUUUAUCAAAACAACUGGGAAACGAUGGGACAUGAGGCUAAUUUGAUUGAAUGACAGAUUUUGGAGGGGUUGCUUGAACAAUAUGAAAAUGCCUCAGGGCAAAGGCUCAAUAAAGACAAGACAUCGGUUUUCUUUAGCCGAAAUUAUAGUCAAAGCUCCCGCAAUGAAAUGCUGCAAUCAAUAGGCGUUCCGACUGCUAAACGCUAUAAUCAAUAUUUGGGGCUGCCUACCUUAGUGAGCAAAUCCUGGAUUCGGGAGUUCCAGCACAUUACAGAUAGGGUUCGGAAGCGGGUGAAUGACUGAAAAAAUAAAUUCUUAUCCCAAGCGAGUAAGGAGAUCCUUUUGAAAGCAGUGAUCCAGGCUAUCCUAACCCACUGUAUGAGUAUUUUUUCACUUCCUAAAGAGUUGUGUCGGGAGCUAAACUCAAUAAUGCAGAAGUUCUGGUGGGGUCAUAAGGAGAAUGAUCGGAAGAUCCACUAGAUAAGUUGGGAAAAGUUGAGUAUUGCCAAAAUAAGUGGUGGAAUAGGUUUUAGGGACCUCCACACGUUCAAUAAGGCACUCCUUGCCAAACAGUGCUGGCGUUUGGUUCAACAGCCGGACAGUUUAUUGGGAAGGAUUUUUAAAGGAAAAUAUUUUCCCAAGACAAGCUUUCUGGAAGCCAACCUUGGGAGUAGACCCUCCUUUGCAUGGAGGAGUUUAUAUGCAGCUCGGGAGAUUAUACAAGAUGGCAUGCUAUGGCGAGUGGGUAAUGGCAAACUGAUCUCGAUAUGGGGGGCCAAAUGGAUUCCUAGACCAACUAUUUAUGAAGUGCAAUCUCUUCUAAGUACUUUGCUUCCACGCACAGCUAAGGUGAGCGACCUUAUCAACCAACGUACGGGGGAAUGGAAUACCUCAUUGAUCAACAAUGUGUUCCAGGCGGAAGAAGCUGAGAUAAUUUGCAAUAUUCCAAUCAGUAAAUAUGGGCAACCUGAUAAGCUAACUUGGAGACCAUCUACCACAGGUGAGAUAAUCUGCAAUAUUCCAAAAUCCAGAAGAGCCACGGUAAUUUUAGUUCGUUCUUGGAGGUAGUGGUUGAUUUAAUGGAACGUUGCACUCGACAGGAGCUACAACAGGCGAUCUUGGUUGCGAAGAAGAUAUGGGCACGCCGAAACGUCGUGGUGCAUGGAGGCACGUUCAGUUCCCCAACCAGUAUCAUCAGAGAAGUGGAAGUGAUCAUGCACUGCACAAUGGCAGAUAUUGAGGAGAGGGGAACUGGGAGUGAAAGAAGAGCGGUCCAAAGUCCGGCGAACUGGGAUCAUCCUCCUUUUGGGCAGCUUAAGGUGAACUGGGAUGUCGCCAUAGAUAAAACUAUGAACUGCAUGGGCACUGGGGUUCUAAUACGCAAUCACUGGGGCCAAGUAUGUGCAGCUAUGUGUAAAAGGCUUACUGGUAUCCAAGAGCCAACAGUGGGAGAAGCAAUGACAGUCUUGGCGGCUGUGGAGUUUAGUAAGGAGCAAAAUUUCCACGAUAUUAUACUCGAAGGGGACUCCUUGCUGGUGGUUCAAGCUCUCAAGGAUCCUAAACAUAGCUUGUGCCCUUUUGGACAUAUAAUCGAUGAUGCACAAACUCUGCUUGGAACGCGAAGAAGCUGGAUGGUGCGUCACGUUCGAAGGCUGGGCAAUCAAGCUGCACAUGGAUUGGCGAAGAUGGGUGUCCAGUGUCCUUCGGAGCGAUUAUGGGUGGAUGAGACCCCACCAUGUAUUUUGCCCACUGUAACUUCAGAGCUCCGUGCUCUUUCAAAUUCAGAACCUGAUGGGUUCUAGUAAUUUGUUUUCACAUUAAUGGAAGAAAUAGAAAUUCUGUUGCAAAAAAAAAUAUAUAUAUUACAAGGAAGGUCAAAAGCCAAUCCCACCAUUUUUCACAUCCUUCCAAAAUCUACAAAUCAAACCCUUUAUGCAUGUCUAGCAAGCUCUGAAUGCAGCAGUGAGACAACAACUCCCGAGGGAAGUUACAACCCCGGCAGGAAGGAGAAACUCGCAAAGUCUGCCCACUGCUGCCUUCCAAAUUUGGUGCGCAGCCUGAGCUUUAAUGGGAGGAGGAAGAGGCUGGGCCUUGCCAAUAGUAGAGGACGCUGAGCCCAGCUUCUACUCUUUGUCUAUAUUUGUAAAGAACUGCAAACUAUAGUCUAUAGCAUAAAAGACAUAAAACCGGUAUCUUAAAUCCCUUUUCAUAUAUUUCUUGGCUUCCCUCAAGCAGGCUGAGAAGCAGUUCUAACUUCUAAAGUGAAUUAUGAACUUGCUUUAUAUUAUCUUGUGCAAGUACUUGGGGAGCUUAUAUUUUAAAGUGAUAAUGCAAAUUUACCUACCACUUUUCCUAGAUCCUUGAAACUAUGAAGUAGGCUGUAAUUCUUCUGUGUAAAAUCUUGUGAUAGCAUUGCAGAGAGAUGCAUAGAUCUUGUGACAA